CAAAAGUGCAGUAGGUGUAACCAUAGGUGUGGCUAAAGUUAAAAUGGCUCCUUGCAAAGCAGUACAAUGAAAGUCAGUUUGAGAGCAUCUGAGUGGAUAGUAUCAUUGUUUUUGUACGCUUUAGUAUUUAUUGCUUGGUGGUUUGUAUUGUAUGCUGCCAGAAAAAUAUCAUUAGAUCAACUGCAGAGCUAGCCUGGCCAUUAUGCUUGAAGAAGAAGAGACUAAAGCUCCUCCAAAGACCUGUAGCUUCUUUAAAAAGUCAAAUAGAAGAGGAGGUGGAGCCAGAAAAAGACAAAAAGAAGAAUCAUCAGAUGAAGAUGAUAGUGAUGAAGAAUCUGCUGUGAUACGUAAGGAAAGGGCACAAAAGAAAUCACUUUUGACAACUACAAGCGGUUUGUCCUCUAAGAACAAGACAGCAAAGACUUCUUCAAAGAAGAAUGGAGAUAACGACAGUAAUGAUGAGGAGGAAGAAGAGAAGGCAAAGAAAUUAAAGAGUAUAUUUACAUACGAAUCAAGCAGAACACAGGAGAGUGAAGGUCCUACUGAUGGAGGUGCUACUGCAACACUUGAAACUGAGACAUUACAUGAUCGCGAUGCCAGAGCAAUCUUUGAGAGAUCAAAAGCAAUGAAUGAAACAUUAAAAGGUAAGAAAAGUGAUAAUUUGUAUCGAGGGCAGAACAACUACACCAAAUAUGUGGAGGCCAGAGACUCUGCUCAGAUGAAUGCCGCUAACAAGAAGGGACCUAUAAGAGCCCCUACUUUCCUUAGAGCUACAACAAGAUGGGACUACCAGCCUGAUAUAUGUAAAGACUAUAAGGAAACUGGGACAUGUGGCUUUGGAGAUACUUGCAAAUUCCUUCAUGAUCGUGGUGACUACAAGAGUGGCUGGGAGUUAGAGAAGGAGUGGGAAAACAGCAAAGAAGAGAUUACUGAGUUUGAAAUCAAUGAUGACGAUGAAGCUGAUGAUCUUCCUUUUGCUUGCUACAUUUGUCGGGGAGACUUUAAAGACCCAAUUGUAACUAGGUGUAGACAUUAUUUCUGUGAAUCCUGUGCACUCAACCAGUAUCGUCAGACCACACGUUGUGCAGUGUGUAAUCGGAACACUGGAGGUAUCUUCAAUCCUGCUAAAGAAAUGGUGGCCAAACUUAGCAAAUCUGAGCAAUCCAAAGUUAGGAUUAAAGACCCUGAUGAAGACUUGUAAAUGCUAACUCUUUGACUUCUCCCACUCUCUCAAACUCUAUUUCCUAAUCUUUAAUAAACUUCCCUUCACUUUUCAAGAAAAUAUUUUAAAAAAA